GGAUCGAACUCGCGACCCCUGGUUUACAAGACCAGUGCUCUGCCACUGAGCUAUAGAGCCAAAUGCGUAUUUUAGUAAGUACGUAGUUAGUCUUUAGUGUCUCUAGCUCCUGUUAUACAGACAGCAAACCCCGGAAAUUGGUCACGAACACAGUAAAACCAUAAAGGCAGACAAGUCGACUACUAGUGCGCGUUCAUAUAUCGGAACUAGGACACUCGGAAAUGUCAAUUUUGCUGAUUCGUGAACGCGGCAUGUGUAUAACAACAACCAUUUACCUAGUUAUACAUUUCCGAGUUUCGACUAUGACGUGAACGCGGCAUAGUACUACGGGUGACCAAAUUCAGUCCAAAAGCAGACUACAUACCCUGCUUGUAGGGUCACCGAGCUAGCUAGUCUACUGCAAUAUGGCAUUUUUUCAUUUCAUUGCAGGUUGGAUUGGUUAUGUUCUUAUGUGCCUACUUGCUUUGAUUUUGAUCGUAUUUCUCUGUUUUUGUCUGUACAUAAAAUAUAUUCAUUUGAAAUAUGAUCACAUACCGGGACCGCCAAGGGACAGUUUUAUAUUCGGACAUUCCGCAAUCCUGAUGGAAGUUAGCAACGGUCGAGUUAUCCACGACAAAUUCCUGGAAUGGUCUAGGACAUAUGGACCGGUGUACCGUAUCAACGGUAUGCACAUUGUGAUGCUGUUUGUCACCUGCCCUGAUACCACCAAGGAAGUGCUGAUGUCAUCAAAGUACCCCAAAGACUCACUGGUCUACAAGGGUCUUUUCAACCUGUUUGGACAGAGGUUUCUGGGAAGUGGUCUGAUUACGGCUCAUAAUCAUGAUGCGUGGUACAAACAGCGAAGGAUCAUGGACCCUGCCUUCAGCAGUCUGUAUCUACGUGGUCAGAUGGGUGCGUUCAACGAGCGGGCAGAGCGUCUGAUGGAUAAACUGGCAGACAUGGCUGACACCAACACAGCCGCCAACAUGCACCAAAUGUUCAACCUUGUGACCCUGGAUAUCAUCACCAAGGUGGCGUUUGGAGUGGAUCUUGAUCUGUUGAAGGAGAGUGACACUCCGUUCCCCAAAGCCAUAGAGAUGUGUCUGAAGGGAAUGGUCCACUAUGUCAGAGACGCCACCUUCCAGCUCUACCCAAAGAACAAGAAGUUCAUCAACGAGGUGAAAGCGUCCGUUCAGCUAUUGCGUUCGACAGGCAGACGGUGGAUCAACGAGAGGAAAAUGGCCAUCCAAAAUGGCGAGGAUGUCCCUAAAGAUAUCCUGACACAGAUCCUCAAGACGGCUGGCAAAGAGGAAAACAAAGACAAUGAAGAUGAGGAGCUUAUGCUGGACAACUUUGUGACGUUAUUCGUUGCGGGUCAAGAGACAACAGCCAAUCAACUAGCUUUUGCUGUCAUGGAACUGGGAAGGCUGCCUGAGAUAUUGGCCAAUGCGAAGCAAGAAGUAGACGACGUCAUCGGGGUGAAACAGGAAAUCAGCUUUGAGGACCUGGGGAAAAUGACCUACCUGUCUCAGGUGUUGAAGGAGACUCUGAGGUUGUAUCCCACUGCUCCCGGUACGUCUCGCUUCAUCCCCAAUGACAUCACCAUCAACGGCAUCCCCAUCCCAGCAGGAGUCACAUGCUUCUUCAAUUCAUAUGUCUGUGGACGGUUGGAUAAGUUCUUUGAGGAGCCGCUGAAGUUUGACCCAGAGAGGUUCCAUCCGGACACUGCCAAGCCCUAUUACUGCUACUACCCCUUCGCCCUGGGACCACGCUCAUGUCUGGGACAGAGCUUUGCACAGAUGGAGGCGAAAGUAGUGAUGGCCAAGCUGCUCCAGAGGUUUGACUUCAGCCUGCUGCCUGGCCAGUCCUUUGACAUCCUGGACACUGGCACUCUGAGACCAAAGAGCGGAGUGGUGUGUAGCAUCAGACACCGAGGACAGACAGCCGCAGCCUGACUACUGGAAUCUAGAGAUGACUAGCCCUCGUCUGUCAACUCAACAUUUUACCAAUCUUGCGCAUAUAUUUGCAUAAAUAUAAAUACAGCAUGCAACUUUUCCAAUGGAUUUACUGAGUUAUAGUUCAUAUAAGGAAAUCAAUCAAUUGAAGUAAAUUCAUUAUGCCCUAAUUUAUGGAUUUUACAUGACUGGGCAGGGGCGCAGCCAUGGCUGGGCCUGGGAGGCCAUAGGCCCACCCACUUGGGAGCUAGGCCCAGCCAUUCAGAAUAAGCUUUUGGUAGAGAAAUUAACAUUCAAUUCUCUGGCAAAAGCUCUGGUGGACAUUCCAGUAGUUGGUACGCCAAUUGCACAAUCCCUCAAAACUUGAGACAUCUGUGGCAUCUCGUGUUGUGUGACAAAACUACAAAUUUUAGAGUGGCCUUUUAUUGUCCCCAGAACAAGGUGCCCCUGUGUAAUGAUCAUGCUGUUUAAGCAGCUUCUUGAUAUGCCACAUCUGUCAGGUGGAUGGAUUAUCUUGGCAAAUGAGAAAUUCUUACUAGCAGGGAUAUAAACACAUUUUUUGCACCACAUUUGAGAGAAAUAAGCUUUCUGUGCGUAUGGAACAUUUCUGGGAUCUUUUAUUUCAGCUCAUGAAACAUGGAACCAACACUUUACAUGUUGUGUUUAUAUUUUUAUUCAAUAUACAGUACCUGUCAAAAGUUUGGACACACCUACUCAUUCAAUGGUUUUUCUUUAUUUUUACUAUUUUCUACAUUGUAAAAUAAUAUUGAAUAUUAGAUAGAUCUGUGAAAUUCCGGUGAACUUUCGGUGAACUUUCGAAUCAACAUUAUUACCUCAGUGCUUCUGUUUUAGUAAACGUAGCCGGUUUUAGGAGAAUCAUUUAGCCAAAAUCACUGAGCCCCAGAAAAGAAUAAUAAUUUUGUCCACAAGGUGUCGCUGUAAACCCGCGAAAUAAAGACCAUUCAUGUUU